AUGUUUAAUCAAACAGCAGAUCAUAUAAAGGAGGAAAUAUUUCUUCAUUUAGAAGCUUUCUCUGAAAUCUACAUGGAGUUUGUUCCAGAAGGUGAAUCUUAUUCUAAAGUAGUACAAGACCUUGGAUCAUCCUGGACUGCACUAGCAGAAGACUUGGAUUGCGUUUUGGACAUUUUAGAAUUAGAUCUUGACGAAGCUGAUGAAGUUGACGAAGUUGCGACGAUUCGAGGCAAACAGGGAACAAAGAAAAAGACAUCAACUCAGGGAGCAAAAAAGAGAAAUACACUUAUAGUAAAUCCUCUUCCAAGCUUAAAAGAUCUUCAAAGUAAGGCAGGGGGAUGUUUUGAAAGAGCUAUAGUGAAAAUAUCAUCUGACCCCAUGGCUAAAGCCUAUCCUAGUGGAUCAAGAGCUGAUGUAGCUGUUACCAUUGCAACUAAGCUUAAAGAAUUACCAUUUGGUGAAUUUCCAAGCGUACUUAUGAGCUUCCUUUACCCAACGCUCGAUUCUUCAAAAUCAGCUCAACUUAAGGCAAAUAAGUCUUUUAACAUGCUGCAGAGCUUACAUCAGUGUAAAAUUUCUAAAGAAGUUACCAAACUCUUUAGUGAUUUUUAUUCCAACAUAGGAAUUGAGUAUAAGGAUUCAUUUUUAAGCAUCAAAAUUAUUGAUGAAAUGUUCAAAGAAAUAUGUUUCCAAGUCAAUUCUUCUAUCAAUCUGCCAUCAACACUUCCCAGUCCCACAGACCUAUCACUAUCACAAGAUGAAGAGAGCACACUAUCCUACAUUUCUGGCUUCAUCCCACACUCAUUAAUCAAACAGUUAUCAAAAUCUAAAGGACGCAAUUCUGAAAUACUAGUAAAAUGCCUGAAUUCGUGGAAGGUUAAGGAUGAGGAUGAUCUAAACCCUUCAGCUGAACAUUUUGAAACUUAUAGAAAUAGUUGGACUGCACAGAUUAACCGAGGAGGACUCUUUAUUGUCAACUCCUCUGUAUACUCCUUCUUCAGACAAAUAGAACUUAUAGUAAGAAAAUCACUGAAUGUCUCCAACGUUGUCCGUUUGAAUAGUUCAAACAUAGACCAACAUAUCUUAGAGGAACUUUCAGUUGAUGAAAAUGUACAACAGGCAUGGGGUGAAAUAACAGAACAUAUUUUUGAUGACAGUUUGAAUACGUUGUUGAUGAAGAAGGUCUUGUCUAAGUUUGUUACUCUUAGAGCAAAGUCAUUUGUAAAAUUUUGGAAGAACAAGUUAGAAGACAUUGACCGACAGGGCACACAUAGUUUGAGAGCUGUACUCAGUGCAAGUAGAAAGUCAAAGAAAAUGUAA